ACGGGUUCGUAGCUGACGUAUUUUAUAUUUGUAUGGAUUAAAAUUAUUGUACAGAAUUUAGUCUUAAGUGUAAAAUCCGUGUUUAUUUUUGUCUUAUAUUAUUUAAUUUUGUUCAUGACUAAGAAAUAAUGUCAUUCGAGUACUUGCCCGUGGCUGAAGAUGAAAAUGAAGAACCCAUAGAACUUCCACUCGAAGAAGACGGGACUUUGAUGUUAUCGACUGUGUCUGCGCAAUUUCCAGGUUGCUGCGGCUUAAAGUAUCGUCACCCUGAAAGUAAAACUUUUAGAGGCAUUAGAUUGCGAGAUGGUAGACUUUAUCCACCACCAGAAGGAUGGGGUAAUCAUUUAUUUAUUUGUAGUUUCCCCAAGGAACAUAAAAGAAAAUCGGGUGAAUGUACUGAGAAUUUAUUGCUUAAAAAUAAACGAAAUGAUAACUUGUGUUCUGAUUUAAUUGUAUUAGGAUUACCUUGGAAAGCAACAGAACAAACUGUUCGUGAAUAUUUUGAAAAAUUUGGAGAAGUUCUAAUGGCACAGCUUAAACGUGAUCCAAAGACUGGCAUGUCUAAGGGAUUUGCCUUCAUACGAUUUGCAUCAUAUGCAUCUCAAAUGAGAGUGUUAGCUCAGAGACACAUGAUAGAUGGUCGUUGGUGUGAUGUUCGAAUACCUAACUCAAAGGAAGGUUCUGUUACAUCCAUGCCUUGUAAAGUUUUUGUGGGCAGGUGCACUGAAGAUCUAUCAGCUAAUGACCUCAGAGAUUACUUUUCUCAGUUUGGUGAGGUGACUGAUGUGUUUAUACCUAAACCAUUUAGAGCAUUCAGUUUUAUAACAUUUCUGGAUCCUGAGGUUGCACAGAGCUUAUGUGGCCAAGAUCAUAUCAUCAAGGGAGUUUCUGUUAAUGUUUCUAAUGCAUCUCCUAAACAAAACAAGAGCAACUUGGCUCAAAGAAAUUUGCCCAGUCGGAGCUAUGAAGAACACCAACAUAAUUCAAAUAAUAACAAUUCUUGGAGCAGCAGGAGCAUUGACAUGGUAAAUAUGCAAGCUUUGGGAAUAUCUGGCCAGCAUGGCCAAACUGCAGUUGCUGGUGGUGCGGGUCAGGGGCAAGGUGGCAGCAUGCCUCUGGGUAUGAGUGGGCUGCCAGUCAAUCAGGCAUUAGUAGCAGCAGCUCUCAAUCAGGCUGGUUGGGGCUUGAUCAAUAAUAUCCCAUCAGGUGGCUCUGAACAAGGAGCAUUUGCAGGGCCAGCAUCAACUGCACCACCAGCUCCACCCAACUUCCUCUCUUGGAUGCAACAAGGUAACUCUGCUCAGGGACCGUCUAGUCAAUGGGGACAGAGGCACCAGUCCCAAGGCCACUCAGUUUGAUAAAAGUGACUUGAGAAGCUCACAAUAAUCUCUGUGAUUGUAGCAAAAAUAAGAUAAUUAUAAUGUGAAAUUAUCUACUACAUGUUAUAAAUAUGGGUUGUUUUGGUGUUGAGUGGUUUGCUACUGGUGUUAUAAUAAUUUAUUGUGCAUUGCUUAUUUUGUUGUUUUUCUUAAAUCCUUUAUUGAUAGAUGUCAUAUAUAGUUUUAUAUUGUAUUAUACCAACUGUAAAAUGGGGUGUUUACAAACUCUAGAGUGAACAGAAACAGAUUGGUUUGUAUACUAAUCAAAUCAUCCCUUACUCUAUCAUAAUAUCUUAUUUUCAUGAUUAUUUAUGUAAUCAAUAAAGUUUCUUAACACCCUUGAGUUUUGAUACACCCACUUUUACUGGUACAUUCUGUGUGUUAUUUAAUUGAAUGACAAGGUUUUAAAUCAAAAAAUGUAAGUGUGAAUACAAAUAAUAAUGAAUUAAUUACCUAGCUGUUAUAGAAAAUAUAGAAUCAAAUAAAAUAAUUCAAGAAAAUUACUAAUUCACUACUAAAAGCUAUUUUCAUUUUGGGUUAAGGUAACAUUUGUGUUAAAUAAUUAAUAAGGAUGUGAUGCCAUUUUUCUAUUUAAAGAGUUCAUAUUUUAUCACAUGAUGUUAUUUAAAGUAACUACCUAUUUACUGAUGGCACUAAUAACUAUUUAUUACACAGCAAAGUUUCCAUUUCUAUUAAGUGCUACAUACCUCCAUGAACUGUUUGCUAUUCUUCCCAUGUUUCCCCAAUCAAAAGUGGAAUAAUAUGAAAAAUGACUUGUACUGUGUAAUAUGAAUGUUAUAAUUAUUUGUUAAAUGAUGUCAUUUCAAAAUGUGAAUGUAGAUUACGGUUUGUUUUGUGUUGUCAUAUUUAUUUACACUGGGAGAAUGAACAUCCUCUAAAAUGUACCUUUGGUAGUGUAAGAAUAUUGUGCUUUUGUAUGUUAAUAGGUUUAUAACAGACUGUUGAAAGUUCAUACUUGUGUAUAGUAAAAAGAUAGAGAAUCUAUUGAUUGUUAUCAUUGUUUGACAAACUAAAUAAUGUUGUUUAUUAUAAAUUUAUUAUAUGUUUCCUCUGGACAUGUGGCUUAAAUUGAGGAUAAUCUAUUUUUGACGAAAUAAAUGGCUAGAAUAUUUUUGUGACUGCUAUAUAAUGGAAUUGUUUAUUGAAUGGAUACCUAGCAUAUAGUUGGCCUGGCAUAAGUGAGUCAGUAAGCUAUUUGUACAAAAUUCAAGACUGUAAAUAAAAAGUCACACUGUAUAAUAUGUUAAUAAAAUAAAUUAUUAUUAAUAAUAACAUUGAUAAUGGCAAUAUAAAUUAUUUGUUACCCUAUAGAUAUCAUUUGAAUGUUUAUCCUAAAAUGUUAUAUAUAUUCAGUAAGUAACCAGGUGUAUACAUAUAAAUAAUAGGACAAAGCAAAUAAAUAUUCUCCAAUUCUGUUUCGAAGAGUAAUUGUUUCUUUAUUUUAAAAACAGUUGAAAUUGUGUUAUGAAAUAAACAGUUUAGUUGUUUUACUGCAGAGCAUAAAAGCUUUAAUAACAGCAUGGAACUUAGAGAUAUCAAGAAAGUACUUGACCUGGGGAUACAUUUUAUGUUAUCCUAACAUUUUGUGUGUUGUGUAAAUCAGUAUCUAUAAAAUUAAUAUAUUUAUUAUGUAAUAAUAAUUUUGUUUUAGUCACUAUUGAGCUAUAUUAUAUCUCACUAAUGGGGGGCCUUAGUAAUUGCGCCAAUGAAGUUUUAAUUUAUAUGUUAUAAUUAACUGAGAUAGGACUACACACUUUAUGUUGUACAUAAUUGAUUGUUCUACUCAAUAAUAGAAUAUCCAGACUCAGUAUGUAUAAUCUGUUCUACAAAUGGCUAGACCUAGUCAAAGGGUGUAGCAAGAUACGAGCAGGGGGGGGGGGGGGGGAGUCCGAUAAAAUCCUAGAAAAUGUAGGAAGUGCUCUUGAACCGUAAAGAUGUAGGUAGCCAGUUAAAAAAACAAAGUCAAUUCUAUUGGCCGGCGAAUUUUAUAAGACUGUACUAUGAUAUCUACUAUGAAUCUAGAUUCGCAUGUACCUUAGGUAUUAUAUUCCUGGUUUGUCUACGCCCCUCCUCCCCCCUAUAAAAUCCUAGCUACGCUCUUGGACAUAGUUCAACUUGUGAUCGUUACAUAGAGCAAUUGAAAAGUGGUUUGCCACUAGGUUUUAUUAGAUAUUAAAAUUUAAAGCAAAAUUGUACUCAAGAAACUGCUAGAUUUAAAUUGAAUGAAAAUUGUGAAUUUUAUGUGGAUGUUAGGUAUGGCCUAAUUAUUUAUUUAUAAUUGCAGGGUUAAAAUAUAAAUCUGUUUAAUUUAUUGAAUGACAUAAGCUUAAUAUCUAAGUUUACACACAGGAUAGUCUUGUAGAUAAUUGGUUAAGUUUGGUCCAAAUACCACUGGUGGUAUGAUUUAAAACAGCUGAUGCAGUGAUGUAAGGCAUAUUAUUUCCUUGGAUCAUUUAAACGUCUAGAUAGACUGUAACAGCUGUGAAAACGUCGAAAAAAAAAUUGAGUUUAGAGUUAACCUCUAUUUUGAGCAAUUCACACACACUAACACAAAUCGCGAAUGUGUCACGUAGCUUGUGGCGCACAUUGAAGUAUUAAACCCGGCCUGUUUUAAUCAGUGGUCUAACACCAAGAGACUAUUAGACGUAUAAAUUAUCUCAGAUUAAUUCCUUGAAGUCUGAACUUGAAGAUGUUGACAGUAGAUAAAAUCUAAUAAAUUAUUGUUGUAACCAUUAAAUGUAUUUGAAAUGGUAUAAUAUUCAAAUGCUUCCAUUACCUACACUAACAUAAAUUGCUCUUUUUUGGAUGAACUGCAAUAUUACAAAUUUAUUUAAAGUAAAUAAUAGGGUAUAUGCAUAUGAUUUAAAUAAGGGCCACAUAUUUAUUAUUAAUUUAUUCUGAAUUAGGAUUACAUCAAUUCUUUUAGUGAUAAUUUUAAUUUGAGCUAGAAAACAAUUUUUUAAAAGUGCAAAAAAUAUUCUGGCAAAUUAAUGUUUUAAAAACAACGCCAUUCCGGUGGUCAGAGCGAACUUGCCGUAAAAGUAUGGCGACAAAUGUCAAUUUUAUUAGUAUAUUCAACCUAUCCUCUUGUUUUGUUGAUAUGAACUAUGACGUCAUACUACAUGCACAUUGCACGGCAAAAUGGCACGCCCACGUGUUCUUUUUUUUUGAUGUUUUUCAUAUUUAUUCAGAUUUUGUUUUCGUUAUUGUUAAUAUGUAGCGAUGUAAACAAUGGAAGAAGCAUAUACCCAAUUGGCGCCAAAAAUUUAUAAUUCAGAUUCACUUUUACUUCUACUAGAUUACUCGGAAAAACAAUAUGUUCACUAUAACUAAUUGUAAUAUAACCAAUAAUUUACUGUUGUAUUCUAAUAUGAAUGUUAUUAUUAACUUUUUGUUUUACUACGUGACUGUGAAAUACACGUAAUUAUGUAAAGUUGGCAUGGCUUUAAAAUUCAAUCACAAUGUGACGUAGUUAUGAAAAAAGGUAUUUAUAUAUUUGACCUCUGUAAUUUACUGUAAAGGAAAUAUAUUAUGUAAAGAUACAAUAUAUAAUCUUGAAUGUGGAUCACUACAACUAUAAACUGUUAUUUUGACGACUAGUUGUUAUUCUGUGUUGUUUAUAUAAAUUCAUCUAUCAUAAAUACUAUGAUUGCGACAUAGCUUACAAAACAAAUUGUUUGAUCUUAGAUUCAGGAUUGGUCUCCGCUGCGCUCCAACUAGAUACCGCAGGCGUAGACGCAAAGUGCAGCAACUAAUACUACGCCCAAGUGAGGGUACUCGAACAAUGUGUGACGUUGACGUGCCACAUGUUUUGCUUAGUAAAACUAUGUAAAAAUAAUUUUAUAGGAAAUAAGAAAGACACUGGGAUCACAUAUCAUCAGUAAGUAUUUUGAAUUUUAUCAAUUUCAAUGUAAAAUAACACGAAGCGUAUGUUACAAAAUUUGAAAGAUGCUAUUUAGAGUCAAGUUGCCACGCACACAAGCAUCUAAAAGUGCCGUAAUAAAAAAGCUAUUGUUCUUAGGUAGGGCGGUAUCAAGUUGGUGCGCAGCGGAUACCAAUCCUUAAUCUAAGUGUUUGAUGUACAUUAUCAUUCAGAAAUCUGUGUUGCAAUGCUACAUGUCAUUUUUAUGCAAAUGAAGGCAAUCGAACACAAGGGUCAUGUUAUAAUAAGUGAUUACCACCAACCAUGUCGUUGCAACACCGGAGGAAACAAAGUAGUCCGGUGGCCUUUGAUGUUAAAUAAAUCAAUGCGCGAUUUUGGGCUUUUCCCAGAAAAUAUACCGAAAAUAGUCCGAGAACGCGAAUUCCGGAACGGGAUAUUCCGCAUAGGAUUAGAUCCGUAGUCCCUGGGGUAUAUUUAUAAUAGUUUAGGAAUGAAAUAUGUUUUGAGUUGUUUUCUUUGUAAGUAUAGUGUUUUUUCUUGGUUUUAUUUGUUUAUUAUAUUAUUAUUAUUUGGUGAGAAGGGCCGUUAUUAAUGUAAAUCAUGCAUGUCGAUCAAAUGUGUUGUUAAUAUUAAAACUAGUCUGAUAAACAGUAACUCUCGUGUACCGAAGUACAUCUCGUUCUAUUCGAGGAAUUCCGGAGAUUUUUGUCAGAAUCAAGUCGAGUUGUUAAGUAGUGUUGAUGUCAUCUAAUUUAUUUCAUAGUUAAUUAUUUGAGGUCAGGUCAUAAAUUAAUUGGAAAAUUAUGGCACGGAAUAACUUGGUUUUUAAUUGUUAUGUAUUAUGCACCCCAUCCAACCGAAUUUGAAAAUUUUCUAUAGGUACAAAAAUUGUUUCGGUCAAUGUUAGCCUUUCAAAUAACAUAAUUUGAGCAAGCCGUGUGAAGUUCUGUAAAUACUUAAAUGAGAUCAUAAUAUUAUAGUGCACUUAACGAAAAUUUCCACGAAGUACAUUCACUAGCCUCCCCCCGCCCUGUGUGCGCUUAGUCAUUUAUUGUGUAACAUUUCACUAAGUAUUUCAAUAGGAUCAAGGAAACUAGGUGCUACUACUGAUGAAUAUCCAAAAUCGUGAUUUUGAGAAAAUAUAUUAACUAAAUACAAUGGUAGCAGUGCCGGAUUAAGCAAUCGCGGGGCCCGGAGCAAAUUCUUUAAGAGAGCCCUUGAAUUUUAUUGGUAACCAAUACCGAGUGACUAACAUAUUGUCUGAGUUUUACAAUUUUGUGACAUCAAGUAAAUGCAAUAUUCCACAUCUUAAUACAUUUCAGCCAAUAAUUACGCUCAGGCAAAGCUAAAUGAGUUUAAGGUCCGGUAUCCACCAAAGUGGAGGGAAGAGGAGACGAGAGCAGAUAAGCCGCGAAUUUCUUUAUCUGUUAGUUUAAAUAAAUCAAGUGAUGUCUACGAAAGGAAGGCGUCAUCACGCAUCUCCGCUCUGCGGGGCGCAGCACUAAAUUCUAUAAAACAAUGGGACAUCUCCUCUCCACUCCGCUUGAUCCAUUUCCACAGGAGCUAAGCGGAGAGGAGACGUGAACAUAACGAAAUGUGAUUGGUUAUCAAAUCACAUCUCAAUCUCCGCUUGGUGGAUACCGGGCCUAAAUAUGUGGGGCCCGUCGCAAUUUGCUACUCUUGCCACAUGGUUAAUCCGGCACUGAAUGGUAGCAUAGUAUCAAUGCGUGUACCAAAUAAUAUAUCCGGAUAUAAUCUAACUUUUAUGUCGGUAUGUCGUGUGAAAAAUGCUAGAAUCAGAUUAAUAUAAAAGAUAGAAUAAUUAGAAGCAUAGAUAAUUGUAUAUUAAUACAUGCUAGUGUAUAUGCAUUAUCAUUUAUCUAAAGCGAUAGGAAACUCCUGUCCUCUUUUGAGAUGAAAUUGAUAGUUAUUUUGCCCGAUACGGAUAAGGACUUAAGCCGCUUAAGUCUUUGUUCCAGUAGGCAUCUCAAUAUUAAGAGUAUUGUUUUCUCUGUCGCCAAAACGUAUAUGGUACGUAUUGAGAAGCCAGCUUCCUGAAUACAAACGUUAAGGGCCGGAUAAUCGGGCCGAUGUUGCGUAGGUGAAAGAUUUGAUCUAAGGAUUGGAAUUUGAGCAAUUUUUUUUCAUUACUUAUCUAUUUUUCACUAUAUUGUGUAUUCUAUUAUUUUUGAUGAGUGGUGAGAUAAUAUCAGUACCAAAACAAACUUUGUAGCUUUUAUAAUAAAUAAAAGGUGUAUAUAAUAUAUGCUAUUUUGGCAAGAUGAAAUAAAUUAUUGAUUUUUAUUUUUCGGUAUCCGGCUAGAUAUAGUCGUGAUAGGCUGGAUAACGGAUUGUUACCGGAUCCCUUUCAUCCCUAAGUUUUUUAUAUUAAAAUAUUAACAAUGCGUUCGUUAUAUAUAUAUAUUAGUAUUUUAAUUUAUAAAUUGCGGGCAUAUUUGAAAUACUUUACGAAUGUUGAUAAAUAUCUAACGAUCAUGUACCUAGCCAAUAUGUUUGAUGCCUGUUUUAUUGAUUCUAUUGAAUUUAUUUUUGUCUGCAUUGAUUGAUUGAAUAAAGUACUUAAAAACUA